AUGCGCCUUGUUGCUAUUGUACACGUCGCCAUGGCCGCCUUUGAACUCAACAUCGUCUGCGAGUUGCUCCAUGAUACCGCGCCCUCGCUCCUGCAUCCAGACGUGAAGGUUCUGAACGGUCAUAAAAAACCGCGGGAUGCAGGAGUUGCGGACCAGAAGGAGGGGUAG